GCACAACCGAUUUAAUCUCCGGAUUGUAAAUUUUUGGACCUCAAUCCGGUCGGUCAUGGACGGUGAACAGCCUUAUACGGUACACGCUAUUUUUCAAUUUUUCCUCAUUUGGAAAAAUUAAACAAUUAAAGAAAACAGAUAAUUCCAGAAAAAAACUGGGAACUCGUUGUUGCCUAAGAGCUUAAUGAUUGAAUUGUUGAGCACUUCUUGAAACCUGGAUUGAGGUGAUUCAGUUCGAUUUACGCAACCCUAAUCUCUCACAUUGCAUCUUCUAACCCCCAAGAUACCUUAAUUAAGCGAUUGAGUAAGCAGGAAUUGGGAAAGAGCUGAUGUGAGAUUGAUAGCACUAAAAGAAAAUGACUUGUAAUCCUCGAGGCUGUGCUUCCUUGUUCUUGUGGCUUGUUCUUUCUUUGCACAUCUUGUAUUUUACGACAGCGGUUGAUGCCAAAUCUGGUCAUCGUAUUACCGAUGCUGAAAUAAGAAUGAAGAAAGAUGAGUGUUAUGCUGACAUUGAGAGUGGCCUUUGGGGUUUGGAUUGCAAAACUUCGAUCAUUGCUAAGGAGAACUGUGCUUUGCGAUGUCUUUCACCACGGUGUUAUGAGCUUGUUUAUGAGAGUGAUCAGCUGGAAGAAGGAGAGAAGGACCUUAUCAGAAGUCAAGAGUACAAGUACUGUAUGUACAGGAUAUCAACUGGAGAAAGCAUUGAUGGCAUCAAGGGUUCUUUGGGCUAGUCUUCCUACAACUGUAAACUUGUAUGGCAUGUCAAUGUUCUUGGACACAAGUAUAACCCAGGAAAAGGAAUUCUGCUUGUUUCUUCUACUGCCUUUGCUGAAGCAGUUUCAUAUCAGCUGACGUAGAUGUGAUGUGACUAAUUCUUUAUCAAUUAUCGAUCUGAGCUGUAUUUUUCUGGUGCUUUUGCAUUUUCAACUCUCAUGCAUAACCUUGGGAGAGUCAGAAAUGUAAAUGGGAUCUUAUUCGAUCAAAUCUCUGUAAACACUUGAACAUACCCCAUGAAUAAAUAUUGUGAUUUGAUUUUGACUUGCUGUAACCAGCUUCUUACAAGUAAGCUCAUCAUCUAUUUAUUUUUCGCUUUGGAA